GAGAAUAUACAUAGUGACUUGAUCCUGUCUCUACUACUCAUUUUCUGUUUGACUUUGGACAAUGCACUUAAUUUUUGCCUUAAUUUGUGCCUUGGUGUCCUCGCCUGAAAAAUGGGUAUAAUGAUUGCAUAUACCUCAUGAGGUGGUCGCAUGAGGAUCACAUAUGUGUGUGUUGCUUUGAACAGUGCCUGGCACAAGAUAAGUUCUUAAUUACUGUUCACUAUUAUAAUUAUUUGCCACGCUGAGGAGUUUUGACUGUAUCUGUGGGUGAUAGGGAGCCAUAGAGAGUCUCCAACAAGGGCAUUGGCGUGAUCUGAAAGCAACCUCCUCCUUCACCCAAGAGCCACUUGGAAUCUGAGAAUCAGCUGCCAGUGAGGGAAGGCGGAUGAUACAGGCUUUGGGAGGCCAGUAAAACAUCCCUCAAGUGGCUGGCCGGGGACCUACACUGAACAAGGCGGAGAUAGCAUCAAAUCCCAGAGGUUAAAGGUUCAGUCCUGCAAGACGGCCUCCUCCCCACCCCAACUGCAGAUGCCAGUUACCAGCCAGGGGAAGGAGGUCCCCUCACCAUGUGGUGGUCCCUGGUGGCCCUCGUGGGCCUGUACUACCUCCUGCGCUGGUACCGGGAGAGACAGGUGGUGAGCCACCUCCAGGACAAGUACGUCUUCAUCACGGGCUGUGACUCGGGCUUCGGGAACCUGCUGGCCAGGCAGCUGGACCUGCGAGGCUUGAGGGUGCUGGCUGCAUGUCUGACGGAGAAGGGGGCCCAGCAGCUAAGAAGCCAGACGUCAGACAGGCUGGACACGGUGAUCCUGGAUGUCACCAAGACAGAAAGCAUUUUGGCAGCCACCCAGUGGGUGGAGGAGCGUGUGGGGGACAGAGGUCUCUGGGGCCUGGUCAACAAUGCAGGCAUUUUUCACCCACAUUGCUACAGCGAGUGGCUGAAGAUAGAGGCCUAUGUGGAUGUCUUCAAAGUGAACCUCACUGGUUUGAUUGAAGUGACCUUAAGCAUGCUUCCCUUGCUGAGGAGAGCACGGGGGAGGAUUGUUAACGUCUCCAGCAUUCUGGGAAGACUUGCUUUCUUUGGAGGAGCCUACUGUAGCUCCAAGUACGGAGUAGAAGCCUUUUCAGAUACUCUGAGGCGUGAGCUUCGACAUUUUGGGGUGAAGAUCAGCAUAGUUGAACCCGGCUACUUCAGGACCGGAAUGACACAUGUGGCGUGGUGCCUAGAGAGACUAAAGCAAGCCUGGGAAGAAGUCCCCACACAUAUUAAGGAAGCCUAUGGACAGAAGUUCUUUGAUGCUCAUCACAAUGGCGUCAAACAAGGGCUCUUGAAAUGUAGCACAAACUUGAACCUGGUCACUGACUGCAUGGAACAUGCUUUGACAUCUGUGCAUCCCCGCACUCGAUAUUCAGCUGGUUGGGAUUCUCAGUUUUUCUUCAUUCCUUUAUCUUAUUUGCCUACAUCACUGGCAGACUACAUAUUGACGAGAUCCUGGCCCAAACCAGCCCAAGCAGUCUAAGAAAACUAGUUUGAUGGCUCUUGAAAUGAAGAAGAGGGGGAUCCCUGGGUGGCACAGCGGUUUGGCGCCUGCCUUUGGCCCAGGGCGCGAUCCUGGAGACCCGGGAUCCAAUCCCACGUCGGGCUGCCGGUGCAUGGAGCCUGCUUCUCCCUCUGCCUGUGUCUCUGCCUCUCUCUCUCUCUCUCUGUGUGACUAUCGUAAAUAAAAAAAAAAAAAAAAAAAAAAAAGAAAUGAAGAAGAGGGAAGUCUGAAAUUGAUCAUUAGUAUCUCAGUAAUCCUUAUUUGGAAUUAACAUGUUUAUAUUCUAGAUAUCCAAAGCUUUUUCCUUUAGGGAAUAAAUUUUUACUGUUUUAAGCAUUUUUUCAUUAGAAUAUUUCCAAAUACAUCAUUUUUCUUUGCCUGUUAAACAGAGUGGACUGAAAACAAUUGAACUUGUUUUAAUAUUAUUUCUUUACAAAAAUGACUAGUUUUCCUGUGCAAUUAUACACUAUUGCUUGAGGACUAUUGAGAAAUAUAUGGGCCUGUUUAUUUGAAAUGGAUCUGUACUAUGGUACUUUAAAUAAAUAUUUCAUUUAUUUAAAUGAAA